UGGAACUCCAGACAAAGAGUGAAACGUGAAAAUUAUAAGGACAAGAGUAUUUUUAUGUUCUAAUAAUAUACGUAUAAUACGUAAAAGUGUAUAGGUUAUGAAAAAAGAUGAUUAUCAACUGAGACGUAUAAAACCUUUAGAUCCGACUGUUGUAAAUAAAAUUGCUGCUGGUGAAAUUAUAGAACGUCCAGAAAAUGCUGUUAAGGAAUUGUUAGAGAAUGCUUUGGAUGCUGGAAGCACGUCGAUAGAGGUCCUGUUAAAAGAUGGUGGGUUGAAACUUUUGCAGAUUUCAGAUAAUGGUGCAGGAAUCCAUUAUGAUGACUUGCCUUACCUCUGUCAACGCUUUAGUACAUCAAAAUUAGAAAAAUUCGAAGAUUUGCAACAAAUCCAGACAUUUGGGUUUCGUGGUGAAGCUUUAGCUAGUAUUAGCCAUGUUGCCAAAGUGACGAUUACAACGAAACGCGAGGGAGAUUUACAUGCUUGGAGAGCCUUUUACGUCGACGGUAAGCUGGCUCCUACAGCUCCCCAUAACACCUCAGCUCCUCAACCUUGUGCAGGCAAACAAGGCACGGUAAUAACUGUUGAGGAUAUUUUUUACAAUGUUCCUGGAAGAAAGGCCGCUUUGAAACAUGCUAACGAAGAGUAUCGUCGAAUUCUGAACCUGAUGCAGAAAUAUGCCAUUCAUUCAGAGAAGGUGUCGUUCUCUUGCAAAAAAGUUGGCGAAACUGUUGCCUCUAUUUCUCUUAGUUCCAGGCUUUCUAUAAAAGACAAGAUCCGUCAUGUCUUCGGAACUCUUGCUGUAAAGCACUUGAAAGCAUUGAAAAUUCCGGAAGGAACUAUCAACGUGGAGAGCUUUCACGCGGAUGGCUUAAUUAGCAGCGCAGAUUAUGAGGAUAAGAAAAGCAUUUUUAUAGUAUUUAUCAACAAUCGACUCGUGGAAUCUAUUGAAUUGAAAAAUGCCAUUGACGAAACCUAUUCGAAGUUUUUGCAUAAGGGCGCCUCCUAUUUCGUUUAUUUAUCUCUCUCAAUGAAGCCAGAGCAAGUAGACGUGAAUUUUCACCCUUCUAAACGAAUAGUUCACUUUCUCUACGAUCACGAAAUAAUCGGUGCAAUAAGUGAUAAGCUGGCGGAGCUUUUGAAAAACACGGAUGAACAGCGUUCAUUUACUAUGCAGACCACAAUCCCAAGUAUUACAAUGGUUAAAACUCCUGAACUUCCUUCGCAAAAAAACAAAAAGAUAUACGAAAACAAUAUGGUACGCACCGACCCCAGGGAACAAAGUAUAAAGGCAAUGUUUUCAUCCUCCCAAAAGUCUGCAGCUUUGAAUUCAGAUAUACAACAUUCUCAAAGUAAGGAAGUUGCAAAUGAAGAAACGCCUGCUGAGUCGAAUCCGUCUCCUUCACCUCAAAAAGCAAUGGAAGAUGACGUGAGGGAAGAAGUCGAAGAUGGAAUUAUUAUUCCAUGUGAGUUAGAAAGUAUUAGACAACUUCAGAAUGAAGUACUGAAUUCUAUGCAUUUAUUAGCUACCAACAUUCUUUCGGAGCAUAAAUAUGUUGGGUUGGUAUGCCCAAAUAAGAGGAUUGCAGCAAUUCAGCAUAAUAUCGGUUUAUAUCUAGUUGAUUACGGAAAGUUAGCUUAUCAUUUUUUCUACCAAAUUUGUCUAACUGAAUUUGCCAAUUAUGGGAAAAUUUACAUGAAUCCGCCAAUUCCUCUUGAAAAGAUCCUAGCUGUCUCAUUUACAGACGAGGAUGUAGAGCUCUAUCAGAAAACCAGAAAACUUUUGAUAGCCAGGAGGGAUAUGUUAAAUGAAUAUUUUUCUAUAGAGAUAUCUGCUGAAGGAUUUCUUAGCGCUCUACCCUGUCUAAGCAAGGGUUACAAGCCGUUCGUAAAUAGGUUACCGUUAUUUCUGAAGGGAAUUUCGCCUGAUUAUGUUGACUGGUUAGAUGAACGAGCUUGUUUAGAAGGAGUCAUGAAAGCUUUGGCAAAAUUUUACGUGCCAAUAAGGCUAUUACCAGACAAUGCUACUUCUGAAGAGAUAUCAUACAUGGAGAGGAUAUUGGAAGAGUUUUUUUUUCCAGAAUUUCGGCGAAGAUUGAUUUGUCCCAAAGAGCUUUUUGAGCAGAUGGCCAUUUUUCAGGUCGCUAGUCUGCCACGUUUGUAUACCGUCUUUGAGCGUUGUUAAUAUGUUAUGAUGAUUGAAUAGCUAUGUUUAGUAAAAGGAAAUGUUGAUUAAUUGUUACUCAAGGAAAGAGGAUUACCUUUAUUAAAAGUAUGCAACGCGAUUGUAUAGCAUACAACGUGAAAAGAAAAAAAUAAAUAAAUACUCGUAAAUUAAAACUAUUUCC